AUGGCUUUGGCAAAAACAGAUACAGCGACACAACUAGAAAUUAGCGAUUACUAUCAGAAGUGCGGCAAGCUCCAAGAUGAACUUUCGUCCAUGCGGAAGAUGGAUAAUGAGCUAAAGGAUGAGCUUAGAAAACUUGCUAAGACAGCACCGGUCCUUCCGCCACAGCCUGAUACAAAGCAAACGUAUAUUCAAGGACGCUUUGAUGAAGAAUACUGUAACUCACUGGACAAUUCAAUAAAAACCUCCGAAAACGAAAAGGAGAUUUUGGGAGCCUUUUUCGACAAAUUACGCUUUGAACUGUACGAUAUUAGCCAGAAAUUUGACCACGAGUUGUCUUUCCCUCAGUUUAAGGAUGUAUUGGAAGACCUACUCACCGCCCCAAGAGAAGCAAAGCCUCCGGAAAGAACACAGCGUGAAGCCGGCUAUGGAAACGUGGCCGAUAAUCUUUUGAGGGAAGAGAAGGAAGGAGAAUCGCAUCUUGAGCAUCCCCUUAGUGGUACUGUCUCCCCUUCAGAGUGGCCUGUUCGAACUCGCCAAUUAAGAAGAAUAGAGAAACUGGCUCAAGCCUUCCAUGAACGUAUUUCCUACCUGCCCUGGUUUAUUCAGAGUCGCAUGGCACGAGCCUUCCGUGGAAUGCUGACCAAUCAGGCCUCGAAAAUGAACCCCAAUGACUAUCUCCGCUUUUUGAUAGAUCGAGUGAGUCGACCUUUUUUGCGAAAUUUAGCAUUCUCCACUUUUGUGUUUUGGUCGAAAUUGCCAGUCCCAGAAGUUUCAUUUUUAGUUAAUUCAUCUUCUAGUAUUUGA